GUUUACCUUUACCCAUGAUUCAAUAAUGACCCGCUUAUUGUACUCUAAUUAAUUAACUAUCCACCAUUAUGAUCAACAAUCAAUUCUAAUUGUUACUUUUUUCUUCUUCUUUUUCUUUUCCUCUCUGUUCCUUGUGAUUUAUCAUAUUAUGUGUUCUCGACUCUCUCAUACUCCCGAUAAUCUUUGUCAAGGAGCAAAUGAUUUAAUUGACAAUAUAUAUCCAAUCAAGAGACAUUGGAACAAUUAAUUUAGAAUGUCACUCGAUUGGAGUAACAUCAACAAUUAACGAUUUUCGUAUUUAUGAAACGAAGAAAAGAAAUAAUCUCCUGAUUUUAGACAGAGAAAUUAACUCUUUCUAAUUGUAAAUUUUUUCUUCUCGAAUUUUUUCCCCACCAAAUUAAUUGUCGUCCUAAGGUUCAAACUCUCUGAUUGAUUUCUCGAAACGAAGAUUUUACCGAAAAUAUUGUUCUAAUCUCUUUUUCUUGGUCAACUAUCUCUUCAGUCUAACAAUUAACUAAUCACAAUAUGAUCGAGUUAAUUAUCGUAAUUAUUUGUACUUUAACCUUUACCUCUUUUGGAGCACCGAUUUUAAAGGAAAACAAUCAACAAGGAAAAUUAAAUCUCGUCGAAAGUACAAAUGGACUUUACGAUCCUAAGGCUUUCUACAGUUUGGACAAGUUCGAAGGUGACAUUUUGGGCUCUUAUCCAUCGACAAAUAUAUCAUCUGAAGCUUCACCUUAUCAUGCAAUCGUUGACACGGGCUACCUUUGGCCUAACGGCGAAGUCGUUUACACAAUCGACUCUUCUCUUCAGAAUCAACGUUCACUAAUCAAACAAGCCAUGGACCACAUAACCCAAAUGACUUCGGGUUGUAUAAAAUUCAAGGAAAAGACUCACGAAUCUGAUUUCGUCUUCAUGUACCAAUCUCAAGGAUGCUAUUCACAAGUUGGACGUCAAGGUGGUUCUCAGGAAUUGUCUCUAGGAAGAGGUUGUCAUGUACCCGGUGUCGUUAUUCAUGAACUUCUUCAUGCCUUAGGGUUUUUCCAUCACCAUAGUAGAUCGGAUCGUGAUCGCUUCCUUCGUAUUAAUUAUCAGAAUAUUGAUCCUCAAGCUUAUCCUCAAUUCCAGAAGCUCAAUGAUUGGGAGAAUCAGUUAUUCACAGAUUUCGAUUAUAAUUCAAUCAUGAUCUAUGGGUCAACCGCUUUCUCUCGUGAUGGUUAUUCACAAACGAUGACACCAAUCAACCCUUCGGGCACAACAAUUCAAGAUCCUGGUUAUAAAUAUGUGAUGACCCCAAGUGACAUUUCCUCUCUUAAAAAGUUAUACAAAUGUGACAAAAUUUCAAUCGACGGAACAAAUGAAAAGAAGAAGAUUGAAAUCGGCGGCGGUGUUUGGCCUCUCGAUCAAACAACGACAAUGACACCAACUGAUUUAGAUGAUGAAAAUGAUAAUAACAAUGAAGAUGGUGAGGAAACAACAAUUAAACCAAUUGUCGACUCAACAAGUACCCAUCAACCAAUCAUUUCAUGGACCACUCAAACAGUUGACCCGAAAGUUGUGACCUCAGAUUACUCAACUCGCCAACCCAAUUUACCGACAAUUAGUCCAAUCAUUGGUAUUCCAUCAAUUCCAAGUAUCAUUGAUCAUUCAACUGAACAACCCGAUGAUUUAUCAACCGAAACCACUUUCACUGGGAUCACAAUUCCGGGAUCAGGAAAGAUCUUAACACCUCCACCGCCCGGGGCAGAAUUACCUGAGCCUGAAAUACCUCAUCCAGUCCCACCGUUUCCCCACCCAGUUGAAAAAACAGUCUGGGCAAAUGAAAUCCCUCACGAUGAUACAAUGAAUGCCGAUAAAAAAGUUCAUCAAAAGUACUCGUUCUGAUUGCAAUUAAAACUUCAAUGUACAUAAAUUGGAAUCGAAAAUGAUUUACAAUUAGAAAUGAUAAUUAACUGAUCAUCUCGUUGGUAAACUGAUCAUUUUACUCUGUCAUUCUCUUCUUGUUAGAUCAUUUUCCCACCGAUUAUAACAAAUUGUCGAAAACUUUUUGUGCCGUUUCUACUUUGGGAUCUUUUUCGUACCAAAACAAUCAAUUAAAUCAAUACAAUAAUUUAUUUCUUCGCAAUUUAUAAAUUGGAUUAAAAAACAUUAUUCAAAUUACUUUGCAAAUAA